AUGCCAACCACAUCGAUGAUUCAAUCUGUUCCGCCCACAAAUACAAUGGGAGUCAACCCGUUUGAAGUCUUGGCGCCCGGUUAUAGAGAUAUUUGGCUCCGCCUCCAAAGCGAACGGCUCCUUCUCGAGGAGAGAAUUUCAGCAAAAGAGGGAGAACUCAAGAAUUUGAUGCAAUUCGUCCACCAGCCCACUCCAUUACUCAAUUUUCCUAAUUAUUUGCUACCGCAGAGCUCAAAUCAAUAA